AUGGGAGGCCUCUGGCCUUGGGUGCUGGCUCUGCUUUCCUGGCCAUGUUUGAUCCUUGGAGCUCCUUCAGCCUCCAGCUUCCCAGAAGGCCUCACCCCAGAGGAGAACAAUGUGUCUUGGGACAAGGACAUCCCCGCGAUUAACCAAGGGAUCAUCCCAGAAAAAAACCCAGAAAGCAGCUUCCUCAUCGAGGGGGACAUCAUCCGGCCGAGUCCCGUCCGACUGUUGUCAGCAACCAGCAACAAGUGGCCCAAGAACAGUGGUGGCAUUGUAGAGAUCCCCUUCCUGCUCUCUAGCAAUUAUGAUGAGCCCAGCCGCAAGGUCAUCCUGGAGGCGUUUGCGGAGUUUGAACGUUACACGUGUGUCAGGUUUGUCUCCCACCAGGGCCAGAGAGACUUCAUUUCCAUCAUCCCCAUGUACGGGUGCUUCUCUAGUGUGGGGCGCAGUGGAGGGAUGCAGAUGGUAUCCCUGGCACCCGCCUGCCUCCGGAAGGGCCGGGGCAUUGUUCUGCAUGAGCUCAUGCACGUGCUGGGCUUCUGGCAUGAGCAUGCACGGGCUGACCGGGACAGCUAUAUCCGUGUCAACUGGAACGAAAUUCUCCCAGGCUUUGAAAUCAACUUCAUCAAGUCCCGGAGCAGCAAUAUGCUGACACCCUAUGACUAUUCCUCUGUGAUGCACUAUGGAAGGCUUGCCUUUAGCCGGCGAGGUCUACCCACCAUCAUACCACUCUGGGCCUCCAGCGUCCACGUUGGCCAGCGAUGGAACCUGAGUGCCUCAGACAUCACUCGGGUUCUCAAGCUCUAUGGCUGCAGCCCGAGUGGCCCUGGACCCCAAGGAACAGUGUCCCAAGCCCACAGCAGCCGUAGGAACCCUACUCCUGUCUCCAGACCAUCACUGCAGCAGCUUCUGGAGGUGCUGUCGGGGGAACCCAGGAGCCUUGACCCCAGCAACCCCAGGCCUGAAGGCCAGGAUAUUUCUGAAGGACCUGGAGAGAACUCACAUGGGUGGGAGUCCCCUGCCCUGCAGAAGUUCAUUAUGGAGGCCUCAGCAAGGCUACCUCAGACCCUAGCUUCCUCCUCAGGGUCAAGGCCUAAAGUGAACGCUCCUGCUAUUGCUCUGGCUCAGCAGUGGCUGGCCCAAGUGCCCACUGAACCCCCAGCUUCCUCUUCAGAACCAGGAGGCCAACCAGUGCCUAUCCAGGUUCCUUUGGGGAACCCAGCUCUGCCAGGAGGCUGUGUACCUGGAAGUCACUUUGGGGGGAUGCCUAGAGAUUAAGUCUAUGGCGUCUACCCCCAAGUGGGGAAGGUACCUUCUGCCCAGAAGAGCUGGGUUGUCCAACCCUUGGCCCCUCUAGGCUGCUCCUGUGUUCUAGUCCCAGGCUGGGCACCCCUCAUAGAGGGCUAGGCCUCUUCCUCUGUCCCUUUCCCCUCCCAGGGACAGAGGGCCUUUAGUUCUGUCAUAGGGAAAGGCAGGCCUGGCCCUGCCUGCUCUUAACUCUUAUCCCUGAAGGAUGCUGGGAAUGGAAGGUGCCAUCUCCAGGGACAGGGUCCUGAGAGAGUAAGUCAGAGGCAGGUUCUAGCUCCACAGGCCCCUAGAAGCCUCCCUCUGGCUGAGGCCCAACCCCAGCAUGGAUGAAUGGCAGUGUUCCUGCCUCUCCCUGUGGCUGGGACCCUGGGAAUAGCCUCCUGUCCCUGACACCUAGGUGCUGGGGGUGUUGCUCUGCGGUUGUGGCCUCUAGCCUGCUCUCUAGGAGAGAAUCCAACUUGCUCCCUUGUAGAGCAGGAAGGUGUCAGAUGGAGGAGUGCUGCUGGGAGGAGAAAGCAGUUAGGGCCCUCAGCAAGCAUGUGAGGACCCUGAAUGAAGGAC